AUGACUCAACGUCCCGUGUCUGAGCAAUUUAAUCUUCAACAAAAGCCGGGAUCUAAUCCACAAUACCGCCAGUCGGCAGACUUAUCUCACCUAAGUCAACAACCGACAAAUAAUAGAAGCUCCCGUCCAACCUCCGAAAUAUUCUCCGCAAAUAACCAUAAUACAUAUCAAUCACCUGAAGUAUAUAAACGUACUCAAUCAUUAUUAAAAAAUCCAGCUGAAGCCAUUGAUAAAUGGUUUGAAGAUCUUCAACACUAUGAACAAACUCUUGAAGAAAUGGCUACCGCUAGUUUGGAUCAAAAUUUUAAAGAAGAACUUGGUGCCAUCGAACAAUGGUUUCGAGUGUUAUCUGAAGCAGAACGAACUGCCGCUCUAUAUAGCUUACUACACCAUUCAACUCAAGUACAAAUAAGGUUCUUCAUAACUGUUUUACAACAAAUGGCAAGAAAUGAUCCGAUGGGUGCUCUCUUGUCACCUGCGAAUCCCGAGAAAGGUGCUAUGGCUAAAGCUGAAGUUGAAGCCAAACUUGCUGGUAUGGCCCUUAAAUCUCCUACAAGUCCGACUUAUGCACGUCGUUUAUAUGAUCGACAUCCUGGCGUUGACUUCUUAUCCCCUGAAGCUGCUAUUUAUACCGAUCCUGCUGCUGCUCUUGCUCAGCAAAGAGCUCGUCUCCAAGCUGGCAGUCGUGGUACUUCUUUGUAUUCUUCUCGUCCAAAAUCUAUGGUAGUAGAAAAUGAUCAAACUGUUUGGACUCCAGGUACUCCAGGUUCUGCCUCUGAUAGAACAAGUAAUGGUCGACCAAAGUCGGCUGAUUUAAGUGCUCUUCCUUGGUCUCCUGCUGGUUAUUCUAUGCGUUCUCCUCGGUCUGGUAAUGCUUUUGAUGGCGAGUUAUCCCCUCUUGUCGGUGGAAGUUGGGCUAGUAUGGUAUCAACACCUGUGGUUCCGAUGUUUGCUGAAAAACCUAAACAAACUACUGAUGUGGAUAUGGUUAAUAAGAAAUUAUCAAAUUGGAGCGUAAGCAAUAAUUCUGGAAAUCGUGUUGUGUUGGAAAGUGAUGUCAAAAAAUUCCGUCGGAAUCAUGGAAAAUCUAGUUCCGGUGUUCCUGCCACUGUUCAAGAAGAAAAAUUUAAUUCAAAUCAAACAAAUAUCGUUUUAUCUAUGUACGACACUGAUGGAAAUAAUAUCCGCUCACCUCAACAUUCUCCUAUUCCGAGCACUAAAUCUAUUUCCAGGCAAAAUUCGCGUCCUACUUCUCCUAAUCCUAAUCCUCCAGGAUUGUAUCCUGCUCAUUCUAAUUGGAAUCAAAAUAGUGGUGGUGGUAAAAAUACUCAUCUAACUCCACCUAAUGUUGGGCAUUAUAGUGAAGAGAAUGGCGAAGUGGUUGGAUAUCACAGUGAUCAUAGUCAUGGUAAAAAUAAAAAGAAACAAAAUGAUGAUACCGUUGACUUCAACUUAUUGCAAGGUUUUUUAUUAAUUUUACCUCUUCGUUUACACAAGUAUACUCCCGUAUUUGAAGGAAUGAUAUGGCAAGAUAUUAUUGAAUUAGAUGAUGCAUCGCUAGAACAAAAAGGUGUUGCUGCACUCGGUGCUAGACGCAAAAUGCUUAAAGAAUUUGAUAAGGUUAAGGUUGCCAUGGUAAGUACUUGUCUAACGACAUUAUUAAUUUGA